AUGUGGCCGCCUUAUUUUAGCUAUGAUUGGAUAAUGGCGCACGUAUAUGAUAAUAUUCAACUUCCACCAUAUGAAUCAAUUCCGAAACAAAAUGUAACGCUAGGACAAGGAACUACGUACUAUGACUGGCCUACGAGAGCUAUGAUCGAGAUUUACAAAGACUACUGUAUACCAGUUUUUCAAACUGAUACUAAUUUUACGUGCAAUCUUCUAAAUGUGGACAGUAUUGCUUAUAUUAUUGUAACCGAUGCUCGUCAAACAAAACGUCCACCAUGUUGUAUUUAUCAAAAUCCUUGGAAUCCACCGGCACCUGAUUUUCUUCAACCGGGAAAAGGAGUAAAAUAUAAUGGUACGGGUAUAUUUAUCGAUGAUUCUGGAGCUGAACGACCAGUUGUUUGGUGGGGGAUAGCUGAUCCAACAACCCCGUUUGGGUAUUCGUUUUUCUUGGACACAUGCAAGUUCCCAUCUUGUGUACCAUCACAAUUUUUUUUCAGUGCUGUAACUGGUUUUGCAAGUCAGUUUUUUAGCAAUUACUCACUUGAGCGCCCACCUUCAAGUGUAUUCACUAUCCCACCUGAAUGUACGUCAGCUAAACCAUGCGAUGCUUAA